GACCUUGCUGUACCAAGAGUUGCUGGAGCUCAGUCUCCUAAAAAGAAAGUGAUGUCAGGGCAAUGAGGGAAGAGGGUUCCUCUUUCUAUUCUGGGCUUUGCACUCAGGAAGCAGAUCUUUCAUCCAGUGCGACAAAGACAGAGGCAGAGACAGAAAGACAGACAGAGAGUCACCACAGCACAGAGACAUCACAGCACGCUGGACAAGUGAGCCGGGAUUGAUCAGCUCCCCUUGACCCAAGAGUACCACUGAAGAUCCAGAGCUCCAGAGAUACUUCGCUCAUGCUUGCUGGAUUCAGUUCUGGAAGCGGUACAGCCAUGACAGCUGACAGUCGCCUCCGCUCACUUCAGGCCUUGCUAUUCUUAGUGCUGCUGGCCCCACCGGCCACCUGCUUCAGCUACAGGAACUGCAUUCAGAACCCCCUCGACGCGACCAGCUUCAACUGCAUCCAACGCUUUCAGCACAGCCUAGAGAACCUGGUGGCCGACCUUCCCAGGGGCACCGUGAGCCUCAACGUCUCGCACAACCAGAUCUCCGCCCUGAGUCUGGGUGCGUUCAGCCACCUACCUCGCCUGGCCAGCCUGAGGCUCGACUGCAACGAACUGGAUGUUAUCCUAGACGGGGUGUUUGAAGGGCUAGGUCUUUUGAGAUCUCUGAACCUCUCCUUCAACGCCAUCCGCCAUCUCUCUAAUGGGACUUUUGACGGCCUGCACAACCUCACCGAACUGUGGCUCAGAAACAACAGGCUGGCCACCAUUCCACCCCGAGCCUUCUCCUCCUUGGCAGGCCUCGAACGGCUGUAUUUAGAUUCCAACCAGCUCGGAGGCUUCUCCGAAAUCGCGAAGGAGAUUGCCGGUUUGGGCCGCCUGCGGGUCUUGGACCUCUGCAACAAUCUGCUGAAGUCCGUGAGCUAUUCCUCACCCCUCCCUCUGUCCCUUGCAGACCUCCGCCUCUGCAAUAACUCGAUCGUGACUCUGGAUCGGAAAGCAGAGCUCUUUGGCCUUAUCCAAGAGCUGGAUUUAUCGAGCAACAGCAAUUUAGAUGAGAACUCUUUCCAGUACAUUGACAUGAGAAACAUCACUUACUUCCGGAUGGGAUUCACCAAGAUAUCCGUGUUACGGUUUCUGAACCUCAGUAAUAUCAACAGGGGCAGCGUGGACUAUUCUGGGAUCAACUUCAGCAGACCCGGGAAGUUGAGUGACCUGUGCAGGAAUCUGAGGUACUGUCCCAUUCGGAAACUCACUCUACAGAGGAACAAGAUAACCAGAUUUCUCCACAACGAGUUUGCAGAAUGCCCUCAGUUCAAAACUCUGGAUCUCUCUUACAACUCCCUGAAGAAAAUUGGAUGCCUUAAAUUCCUGGAGAAUAAAACGUCUUUAGAGGCGAUCAAGAUCGAGCACAACUUGCUCAACAUCUUGAUUUCUUGCUCUGAGGAGCCGGCAUUUCCGAAUUUGGUCAACUUAACCUAUCGAUACAACAGGAUCCUAAAGGUGGGAGACCACGCGUUCAGCUACGCCCCAGGACUGCGCUGGUUACAGCUCAACAUCAACAACAUUGCGUACCUCAGCAAACACGCUCUCACAAACCUGACCCAACUCCUGGAGCUGCGGCUGGACAACAACCUCAUAACGGACCUCUUUGAGAGCAGCUUCAAAGACCUUAAAAGUCUUCAGACCCUGAACCUGAGGAACAACAGGAUCUCGGUCAUAUUUAGCUGGACAUUUCACAAUCUAGCCGAGCUGAGGAUCCUCGACCUGGGUGGGAAUAAGAUCACUCACUUUGACCCGAUGGCUUUUGCUGGUCUGAGGAAUUUAGCCAACCUAUACCUUGACAGGAACAACAUUAAGAGUGUUUCUGGGGAAAUGUUCUGCCUUGUCAGUCAGACCCUGAAGACCCUGGAUCUACAAGGCAACAUGAUCCGCUUCAUCACAAACAGCACCAGGGUGUCCCCCUUUGCAAACCUCACCAUACUUAAGGAUCUCAAACUGCAGGAUCAAAGACCUUAUGGCAUCACCAUUGUGCCCCACAAUUACUUCAGGGGACUGGGCUCUCUGAGGUCCCUUUACCUGUCCGGGAACUGGAUCACGGUGCUCCCAGAGGAUACAUUCGAUGACCUGGUCAACCUGGAAAUUUUAUCCCUAGAUAACUCCGGCAUGGGGAUCAACAACCUGCACCCUGGGAUCUUCAAGAGCCUGGGGAAACUCCAAAACCUCAACCUGGAAAACAUGGGAGUCCAAUCCCUCUCCUGGGAAGUUUUCAGGAACUUGACCGGACUCCAGACGCUGCUGCUGAACAGAAACGCUCUCACAUCUCUCGACAAGGAGGUCAUCCUCAGCCUGCCCUCCCUCAGGUACCUGGACCUCCGCAGCUGCCCUCUCACCUGCACCUGCGACAACACCUGGCUCCAGAAAUGGUCCGGCACCAACCAAAAAGUCCAAGUGGUUUAUUUCCAAAACCUGUCGUGCCCUGACCGUCCGGGCUACUUGUAUAACUUUGACACAAAGGUCUGCUACCUGGAUUUCGGCAUGUACCUCUUCGCUUCCAGCUGCCCGGCUGUGAUCCUGCUCAUGAUCCUGCCCGUGCUGUAUGUCAAGCUGUACUGGAGGUUUCGCUACAGCUUUGCGAAUAGGACUGGGUAA